UCUGAAAUGGUAUCAUCCAAGAUGGCGGCCUCCGUGUUGAAACGAUGUCUUACAGCAACUGUCAAAGUUAAAAGUUUAUCCCCUUCUCUUACCGUCAAACGAUGGUUGCUCUCGACAGCAUACACAGAUGCCAAAGUGUGGGAGGCGAGAGAGAGAGAGACUCAGAACCUGGCUGUGCUGGCCAACCUCAUGGACAGAACAUAUGACAGAAACCUCCCUGUCAGCUCUCUGACUAUCUCACGGUUUGUCGACAACAUCUCGUCUAGAGAAGAAGUUGAUCAAGCAGAGUACUACCUUUAUAAGUUUCGUCACAGUCCCAACUGUUGGUACUUGCGAGACUGGACCAUUCACAGCUGGAUCCAUCAGUGUCUGAAAUACGGGGCCAGAGAUAAGGCCCUGCACACGCUUAAAAACAAGGUCCAAUAUGGAGUUUUCCCAGACGACUUCACCUUCAACCUGUUGUUAGAUUCUUUCAUUAAGGAUGGAGACUUUAAAAGUGCGUGUUCUGUGGUUGAGGAGGUGAUGCUUCAGGAGGCCUUCAACCUUCAGUCCACACAGAUCUUGUCUCUUUAUGCUUUGGGCAAUUUCUUAGGAACAAGACCACAGCUCACUGUGUCUGAGGAGCGAGCUUUGGGAGCGUCGCUGCUCCUCUGUGGGCUGCAGCAGGACAACACUGUCGGCCACAGCGCUCAGCUGCUGGGCAAUGCCCUGCUCGUUAAGGUGGAGAUUUUAAAGGGCAUACAUGUCGUGUUCAAAGGCAUGCCUCUCUCCUGGGUUCGAGGGUAUCUCGACCGAGCACUGGCUGUCAUGGAGAGAGUUGCUGCUUCCUCCGGUGAUAUCAAGUUGUCCAAAGACACACUGGACUCAGUGAACGUCCUGCUGCAGGAACUGUCCUCGGCCUCAGCCACAGAGUCCUCUGAAGAGGAGUCGGGGGCAGAAGAGAGCAAGGCCCACAGCGUAGAUGAAGAGGAUGAGGCCGAGCGGGCUAAACUCCCUCUGUAUGUCAGCAGAUUCCAGGAGCUGAGCAGCCAGCUGGAGUCUCACGGUAAAGUGGAGCCCACCUCCUUCCAGGCUUUGGUGACCACUCUGGCCCAGCAGAACCUCGCUGCAGCAGAGAAACCAGACCUGGAGCAGUACGACAGCCGAGUGCGGGCCUGGGAGGCCGAGAAGAGGCAGCUCGUCCGGAGAGAGAAGGAGAUGAGAGAGCAGGCCGAGCAGGAGAGGCAGGAGCGAUUAGCUCUCAAGGCUGCGGCUCAGCAGACGUAAUGCGCAGACCGAGCUGCUCCAGCGUCACUGAACAGUCACCGCCAUCGCACGCAAACACGUUACCCUGUUCCGUUUGUAUAUAUCACUUACUGUGUGCUUAGGGGCUCCCAUGAUGCAAAAUAAAAAUGGAUUUGUAUCAG